UCCAAUGUGUGAUAUAUAUGUGGAAGCUGAUUCGUGCAGGACAAAGCAAUAAAUUGCGGACACAAAUUAUUGCAAUUAUUGUCCCCUCCAUUAUUUUUCUAGUGGCGAUUCUCGUUUUGUGCUUCUACAUGGUACCUAGAAGAAAUUCAAAUUCAAAGAAGAAAUCACAAAAAUCCACUGAUCUCUCAGAAAAUUUUGGGGUUGAAUUAUUACGACAAUGGAUUCCUUGCAAAUUGACAUGGCUACAAUUAAAGUGGCUACGGACGAUUUUUCUGAAAAAAGCAGGAUUGGCAAAGGUGGAUUUGGAGAAGUUUAUAAGGGAGUUCUUCCUAAUGGACAAGAGAUAGCUGUGAAGAGAUUGUCAAGAACUUCAUCGCAGGGAGUUGAAGAAUUCAAAAAUGAGGUUUUGCUGAUAGCUAAACUUCAACACGGAAAUUUAGUAAGGUUACUGGGAUUCUGCCUUGAAGAUGAUGAGAAGAUACUUAUCUAUGAAUAUGUGCCUAACAAAAGCCUUAACCAUUUCCUAUUUGAUCCUUUGAAGCAAAGGAAAUUAACUUGGCCUGAACGUUUUAAGAUUAUAAAAGGAAUUGCUCGAGGAAUCCUAUAUUUACAUGAAGACUCUCGUCUUAAGGUCAUACAUCGUGAUCUUAAACCAAGCAAUGUUUUGUUAGAUAGUAACAUGAGUCCAAAAAUCUCAGAUUUUAGUAUGGCAAGACUAAUAACACUAGACCAGGUUGAAGGAAGCACAAACAGGAUUGUUGGAACAUAG